GUCCUGCAUGGCUCGGGCUCCGGUGUACUUUGAGAACUUUAACACUGCUCGUUGACCAUAUGGUCGAGCAGACACUGCAACUACAUCUUCUGGAUUAUCCACAGCGACAAUAACCCUUGCUGCGAGCUGGAUCUUUUGCCAAGUUUUACCUAAAUCUAUAAUAUGGACGCCGUCUUCACGUCUUGCGUAGACGUAUGGACUCAUCAGAACAUCACAGUUUUUGGUUCCGAUGUGAGUAGAACAAACAAGCAUUUUUUGAAUGUCCUCUUGUUUUGAAGCAGUAACGACUCCAGCUGUCAUGACUUCCCAACUUGAACACCGUCGCCGUAGAAUCCAAUAAAAUUUAGAUUCUUUCUUUGAUGAGUCUUCGUUUCUUGUUGCAGCCGCCAUCAAGCUCUUGUAAAGAAUUCUAUUGUAGAGGUAAAAUAGAAGUUGUCAAGACGUGAUAUCUUAUCUUCAAUAUGUCGGAAUUUCAUAUGGGCGACAUCUUGCUCGGGAAACAGAAACUACGGGCUUGUGUCUCUUUACAGAUCGACGCUUCGAUAUCGGAAGCACUUUUAAGUCAAGGCAUAGGUAAGCAGUGUCUUGACGAAACUUUGUUGACUGAUUCCCGUUCAGUAUUGUAUUUUAGUUUUCCCAUAUAUUACCUGAACGUCAAUAUUGAGUUUCUUUCUGCAGUGACUGAUUUGGCACUGUUUGUGUGGAAGGUUUGCAAUAUUGAAAUGUUGAGUUUGACUAGACUACUACUGAAUCCGCUUCCCUACUAUACCGGCUAACAUCAUUUUUAUGGCCAACGAAUCUUUCGUAAAGACCAAACUCAAGAUACGA